CCGCUGCCCCUACCAACACCACCGCUGCUCCUCCCAACACCACCGCUGCUCCUCCCACCACCACUGCUGCUGCUCCUCCCACCACCACCACUGUCCCUACCAUGAAAAUCACUUCCAAGCACAUCUAUCACCACCACCAGCAACACCACCACUACCACCACCACCACCAUCACUCUGACUUCACUUCCAAGCAAAUCUAUCACCACCACCACCACCACCACCACCACCACCAUCACUCUGACUUCACUUCCAAGCAAAUCUAUCACCACCAGCACCACCAGCAACACCAACCCCACCAACAACACCAUCACCAUUACCAUGACUGUGACUUCCCCCAUAACCACUUCUGUCCCUGCACUAAUGGCGGUGCCUCUAUCCAAAAGCACUCACAGAUACAAGCUUUGGUUAUCACUGCAGGUUUAGCAGCUUUGCUUGCACAUUCGAGCGCGCUACUCGAUAUUUCUCAUAAUGAUUUGUCUUCUACUCACAUCACCCUAUUCAGAAUCUAUGGUUUGUAAAGAAAAAAAGUCAGUCAAUUAAACAUACUAGUGAUGCGGAGUCAAAAUUGUCCCUAUGCAAUAUGUAUUAUUAUCAUUUGGUGUCAUAUUCUGCUGAAUUAAUUAACUGUUUGAAUGAUUGCAUAUUUUCUUUUAUAUUUAACAGUUUAGAUGUUGUGUAUAUUAAUUGUUAGAAGUUGUUUUUAAUGACCAGAAAUAAUGAAUUUUGUUGUUGUUCAGCUACCAAAAUGUCCACUGGCCCCAGCCCUGUACUCUACAAAGCUUGUUCAUGUGUCGGCCGAUCUGAAGCCUGGUGAGACCAGACCAUGGACCCUUGUUGGAUGUUGAUCAUGUUUUUAAUGGCUUGCAUUAAAC